CAGCAUCACUCCCUGUUUGACCAAUACACUCUCUCGCCAUCUCCAGCCUCUCUCUCCCCCCCAAUGGCGGACCCUGCACUUCACCCAGAGACUCCACCCCACCAAACCCAGACCCUCAAACAAAUCGCCGUCGACUACUGCCCCGAAGUCUGCACUCACCUCCCUGAAUCCGACUCCAUCACAGUAACCUUCGACCACCGUGGCGGCGCGCGGUGGCGCUCCACCACUCGCUUCCUCUACGGCACAUUCGGUGCCAAAAUCCAGUGCCCAAAGGGCAACACUAGCGGCCUCAAUUUCAACAUCUACCUCUCUUCCCUCGAAGGCGACAAGUCUCAGGACGAGAUCGACUUCGAAUUCUUGGGCAAAGACAAGACCAUUGUCCAAACCAACUACUACACUACAGGGACUGGGAACAGAGAGGCAAUUCAUGAUUUGGGGUUUGAUUGUUCAGAUGGGUUUCACGAGUAUGUGAUCAAGUGGUACCCAGAUGUGAUUGAGUGGUUCAUUGGUGGAAAACCAGUGAGGAGAGUGAAAAAGAAGGAAGGUGAAGGGUUUCCUGAGAAACCCAUGUUUUUGUAUGCUUCGGUGUGGGACGCGAGCUACAUUGCUGAAGGGAGGUGGACAGGACCUUAUGUGGGGUGCGAUGCACCCUAUCUUUGCCACUACAAGGACGUCGUUGUACCAGUUGACACUGUAGUGCAUGAGGAUUGCAGUUGCUGAUUUGGGCUUUUAUGUGGUGAGUUUCAUCUAUGGCUAUAUUGAUUUUAUUUAUUUUUCUUUGAAUGUGACUAUUGUGUGUUGUCAUAUGUUUAUUUAUUUAGGGGUUUCAAUCGCUUCGAUCAGACUUUUGUGGGUUAUUUGGAUUUUGUUGCUUUGUCUCUGUUGUAUUGUUGACAAGCACUAUUAGAUAAUGUUCUCUGUUGUAUUGUUGACAAUAAUAAUUAUAAAUAUGAUCUGUAUGUGGAUUUUUGUUGUUGUUCA